AUCAAAUUAACAGAAAAGAGGCGGUCGAACUAAGUCGUGUGUCGCAUGUGGUGUGGAAAUCCAUACUACAGUUUUAUUACUUUUCUACAGAGUUUUUAGUGUAUUUUGUAGAUAUUUCAACUAUAUAUAAAGGAGGAGAGUAUCUCUAACAAUGGUGGACCAGCCUGGCGCUGGUGGCUCUCGCUCCUACAAAAUCCGUGGGUAUACGAGAGAGAGACAAUCUGCGAAACCGUAUGCCCGUCCACCUGGGCGAAAGAAGGGAGUUAUUGAAACGGUUAAAGAUUUCUUCUCACCGGCAUGGCUGGUAGAUCUUUUUAAAGGAACUCAGAGAUCACAAGCUGUCGAAAUCGAGGACGCCGAAGAUGAAAAUGACCAGGACGAAGUGUCACAGAGAGUUGAACAAAGCUCCAGUGUAGAUUCUAAUGAGCGAGCAUUUAGUCGACUCGACCAAAGGGUUUCUGCACCGACCAAGGUCGGAAACGGGCAGUUGGGAUCUUCGUUCGGGCCGGGAUAUUUUUCGUCAAUUCUACGAGAACGGGAACUUUCUAGCGAAACACCUUCGACUUCAAGACCUUCACGAACGUUUGGCUUAUCUAGCGGAGAUGAUCGUCUCGCAGAAGCUUCUACGAGUUCGGGUAGAUCUGAGGAAUGCGAGAGCGAAGUUCCAAAAUCGAGGAACGAGGAAGAUUUCGCGCAACUGGAAACCGUCGUGGAAGAAGACCUCUCUAUAGUCCAAACCAACAGGCAAGACAUGAGUAAAUCAGAUUCAAUCAAGACUUCCACUCCUGCCUUGUUUUCGACUUCUGGGGUCGAAAGAAGACCCAAUACCUCAAUAUUUGGAGAACCAUUAUCCACGUGCGAAGCUUCAUCAUCAGGUGGAGCAAGUACAUCCAGGCCACAGCUGUUCAAGCCAUUGUCUGAAUCUCGUCCUCAGGCUUACUCCUUACCUAAAAACAGGCCCUCUUUCUCUGUGGCUGCUUUUGGCUCUCCCCUACCACCUAUGCCUCCUCAACCAGGUGGCUUUUCCUCUCCAUUUUACCGUGGAAGGACAUCUUUUGGUGGAGCAUCCUCUAUACAUUCUUCAGGAUACAAAAGACUGAGAACACAUUCUCCAACCCCUGGAGAGGCUCCAAAACCAGUAAGAAAAGUGAUAACACCGAAGCCUGUUUCAACUGCUGGAAGUAGUGGUGUAACAAGUCAAACUGCAAAAAGAAUACUUGAAGCAUUAGAAAGCAUGUCCUCACCUUUAAUUGAUGCCAGAAAGAUACCAACGCCACCCAUCUCCCCUUCAGCCUCUCCACUAUCCUUUUCUCCUGCUAAACGGCGAAGAGCUCCCCUUCCCUCUCGAUCGAUAGGUUCUCCACGUUCCUUGAAGGCUCAUUUUCCUGGUCCUCCAGUACAAGAUCUCUCUGCACCCCAACAAGCAGCAAUCUCACAGUUGAGGGCAAAAGAAGCUGUCAUACCUGAGAGUGCAGCCACUUCAUCUGCUUCACUAUUUUCUACAACGACAACAACCAUCCCAACAUUCUCAAAGCCUUCAGUGUCAUCAUUCACCCCAACACCUUUACCAGUUUCUCUUUCACCGUCAUCGUCUAAAGCUGGAGGAAAAGUAAAAAGUUCAAGAAGCACGGGCCAUUACACACAGAGAGAAAGAGGCACUGACAAGAGUGAAGCAGAGGUUGUGAAUCCAAUACCAGAGGUUGUGGCACCUGUUCCACUUACAUUACCCAAUGGAAAAUCCCUGCCCUCCUUUGCUUUUAAGCCUACGUCCCAGGCUGAAACUAAAAGAAGUUCUGCAAAGAAUGAAAUGCCAAUCUUUACUGCAACUGCUACAACUGUGGACUUCACAAAAAAUAACUUCAAGUUCUCAUCACCAGAAGCAAAAGUACCAGCAUUCUCUCAGGCAUCAGCUUCAGUUACUCAGAGUAGCUCUAAUAAGAUUACAUUUUCCUUUAGUCAACCGGUACCUGUUAGUAAAAGUGUUGAUGAUACUGGAAACCUGUCUGUCUCAAACAAGCAGGAGAAAAUACUUGUUUCAGAGACAAAACAGACAGAAAAACAAGUGGAGCCUAAUAACAAUCUUCUCAAAAAAUUUGCACCAUUGCCAGGUUCUUGGACAUGUGACACUUGCUUAGUGUCGAACAAGGCCACAGAUGUAAAGUGCAUAGCAUGUCAAUCAUCUAAACCAUCCACUGGAAAACCUGCUCCUAAGAAACCACCUCCCUCAAGCAAUGACUUGAUGAAAAAGUUUGCCCCGCCAGCAGACACGUGUAUGCUUAACAAUGAAGCUAGCAAAACAAAGUGUGUUGCUUGCGAGACACCAAAACCUGGUGUCAAACCGCGGGUGUUAUCAUCAAAACCAGUUGUUAACUCUGACCAGGACUUGAUGAAGAAGUUUGCACCGCCAGAAGAUUCAUGGACUUCGGACACAUGCAUGGUUCAAAACAAAUCAACAGACAGCGCUUGUGUUGCUUGCCAGUCACCACAGCCAGGUGCUUCAAAGACUACAGCAGCAGCUACAAUGCCAUCAUUUGGCAUUUCAUCAAAUACUGCACCUGACAGUAGUUUAGCAGCAAAAUUUGCUCCACCAGCUGGCUCUUGGACUUGUGACACUUGCAUGAUCAGUAAUAAAAGUGAUGACUCAACUUGCGUAGCUUGUCAAACACCAAAACCUGGAGCUAAGCCGGGGACAGUCUCAGCAGCUGGCUCAACCUUGUGUGGUAGUCAGACCUUUUCUUCUUCGCCUUUUAAAUUUCCAGUCAAUAACUCUUUGAAUUCAAAUUUCAGUCCUAUGCUACCAAUUAAAUUUGGUGUUGGUAGCUCAGAUGUUAAAACCAAGGGUGAAUCUACUUCCUCUCCAUAUUUUUUUGGUUCAAGUACUGCCGAUCAGAGCAACAAGAAUGACUCAAAACAGGAAGAAAGUACUGCGAAACUUUCCGCCACAUUCAAAUUUGGCUCUUCAUCUUCUCAGCUCAGUGAUUCAGGAGUAGGUGAUCCAAAGACAAAUCCUGUGCCGUUACGGUUUGGCUCUUUUCCUGAUAAUCAGACUGGCAAAGAUGAAUCCAACAAGGUAACCUUUAAUGGUUCAGUCAACAAGGACAAUCCAAGCUCAGGGGGAUUCACAUUUGGAGCUAACCAAGCUACUCCAGAGUCUACCAGCAAAGGAAAACUAAAUUCAAUAGCUGAAGCAGCAGCCAGUGGAUUUCUUAAGGUGCCUGAGAUCAAAGAACCUGUCAAUGUGGAGCAAACAUCCAAACAAACAGGGCCUGGAAUGAGUAUUGCAGAUGCAGCUAAGACAGGCCUGCUUAAAGUUCCCACUGCUGGCGAAAAGAAAGUUGAUUUUGCUGCUCCUCCGAAUGUCAAUCUAUUUGCUUUAGCUCAGACUACUACGGAUACUUCUAGCAGCAAACCAGAUACAUCAUCAAAUUCAUCUCUAGGAGCUAGCUCCUCAGGAUUUUCCUUUACUGCACCCUCAGGAGCACCAUCACCCUUCACUUUGGGGGCUGCCACACCGUCAUCAGCUAGCACCUCUGCCGGAGAUUCUGCGUCAUCAGUUACUGGUAGUAAGCCAUUCACAAAUCCACUAGCCCCUGCAGAAUCUAGCUUGACAACGUUUCGGUUUGGUGCAGCCUCGACCUCCGCUACAACUACUUCGUCACAAGCUGUUAGUUCCACAAGCUUGGUUCCUUCACCAUUUAGUUUCCAGGCUGUAAAUUCUUCCGCACCUACCAAGACCACUGCUGCUUCACCAUUCACUUUCAUGGCAAAUACCGCAGGUCCUUCCACAACUCCAGCAGCGUCAUUUAGUUUUGGCUCAAAUGCUGCAGGGACGGGAGCAUCGGCCGUCACAGGAACAUUUCAGUUUGCAGCACCAAACACUGAAACGGCAAGGUCUUUGAAUCCCCAGCCUCAAGCUCCAGCUGGAGCUGCUGGGUUAUUCCAGUUUGCUGCCACAAGUGCUGUUGCUGCGGUGACAACUGCCACAACUCAGCUACCAUCACAAACAUUCGGUCUGACAUCCACUCCAGUGAGUUCAAGUUCAGAAGCAGUUAAGACGUUUGCCUUCAAUGCUGGCUCCACAGCACAAGGAUUUUCGUUUGCCCCCUCGCAACCUUCCGGAACAGUGGGAGGUUUGCAAUUUGGUGCACCAGCACCUAAGCCUGAAGCAGCAUUCGCUGGAUUUGCACCUGUGCAACCAUCUUCAAGUCAACCAACGCCAUUUAUGUUUGGCGCGCCACCCUCCAACCCCACACCUACUCCAGAAGAAACCAUGGAGGCCGAUGGUAAUAACAGUUCUGGCAAUCCAUUUUCUGCGCCAGCUAAUCCUACAGGAAACGGGUUUGGUUCCACAGGACCCAGCUCAGGGGGUUUUGCCUUUGGAGCGCCCAGUGCUCCUUCAGCGGCAGGGUUCAAUUUUGCUGGGGCCGCUCAGGCAAAUACAGGACCAAGCACCUUCGCGUUUGGAGCUGGUGUAGGAGGAGCCCCUACAUUUGGAGCAAGUACUGCACCAACGGGCGGCGCAGCUCCAGUCCCCGGUGGAUUUAACUUCAGUGCAGCGGCGGCUAAUAACAACAAUGCGGGUCCAGGAAUGUUCAACUUUGCCGGGGGUGCUGUCACUCCCUCGGGCGGCUCCCUGUUUACCGCGGGUGCUUCAGGAGAUCCCAGUAACCCGGCUAUAGCCCAGAGAAAGUUCAAGAAGGCUGUUAGACGCGCCAAGCGGUAGCACAACUGUGCCUGCCCUCCCUACACUGGGUUUACGUGACAUUACUGUUGUACACUAACCGAGUACAAACCUUACGAGACUUGUGUCUCUGCCCGAUCAAACGCAACGGGUUAACGAACGUACGACGUUAUUCCGAACUGUCCCGAGGACGGUUUUCGUGUAACGUGCCGACUGUUCACACGAACGCUCUGAACCGGCGGCGUAUUGUCGCAAGACGUUUGACUAGAACGUAGAAUGCGUACGACGGCUGAUGCACUCGACGCUUUGUCUGACGGACUGAAUGAGGCCUGCCUACUUGGACGAUGGUUGUUUUGGGAAUGGACACGUCCCAGCAACGAGCUCCGCAGAGAUUGAGUUUUAGCAUUGCUUUAGCACUGCGACCACUUCAUGAACAAAUUUUACGAUGUGACUCCACAACACAGACCAAAGACAUUGAUUAUUUCACGUUUGUUAUCGUCAUUGUAUAUUUUUAGUAUCAAUCGUUAAUAUAGCCUCCAGCGCAGACCGGUUCGGGGGCUCGUCUCGCUAGAGGGCGUGACGAUCCCAAAAAAAGUCUCUGAGGCUGUCAGUGCGGAUCAAAUUUCUUUGUUCAAACUACGAUGUAAGUGUGAUGGAUUGUGCGACAUGGAAUUGUUUCUCUCGGACUUCAACGUCGCGAAGCGAUAGUCUACAAACCACCUUUUCCUUCGACAGCCCACGUGAACGUAAAAUGAACUAAGCAACCCACGCGAGUGUGUCGCGCGCAACACAUUUUCG